AGGGGCGGCCUGGCCGGGACGCCUCGGGGCGGGGGCCGAGGAGCUCUCCGGGCCGCCGGGGAAAGCGACGGGCCCGGCGCGUCCGCGGACCAGCAGCGGCGGGAGAGCGGACUCCCCUCGCCACCGCCCGAGCCCAGGUUAUCCUGAAUACAUGACUAACAAUUUUCCUUGCAACCUUAGCUGUUGUUUUUCACUGUUCCCAAAAGAUCAAAAUUGCUCCAGAAAUUGGAGACAUAUUUGAUUUAAAAGGAAAAACUUGAACAAAUGGACAAUAUGUCUAUUACGAAUACACCAACAAGUAAUGAUGCCUGUCUGAGCAUUGUGCAUAGUUUGAUGUGCCAUAGACAAGGUGGAGAGAGUGAAACAUUUGCAAAAAGGGCAAUUGAAAGUUUGGUAAAGAAGCUGAAGGAGAAAAAAGAUGAAUUGGAUUCUUUAAUAACAGCUAUAACUACAAAUGGAGCUCAUCCUAGUAAAUGUGUUACUAUACAGAGAACAUUGGAUGGGAGGCUUCAGGUGGCUGGCCGGAAAGGAUUUCCUCAUGUGAUCUAUGCCCGUCUCUGGAGGUGGCCUGAUCUUCACAAAAAUGAACUAAAACAUGUUAAAUAUUGUCAGUAUGCGUUUGACUUAAAAUGUGAUAGUGUCUGUGUGAAUCCGUAUCACUAUGAACGAGUUGUAUCACCUGGAAUUGAUCUCUCAGGAUUAACACUGCAGAGUAAUGCUCCAUCAAGUAUGAUGGUGAAGGAUGAAUAUGUUCAUGACUUUGAGGGACAGCCAUCGUUGUCCACCGAAGGACAUUCGAUUCAAACCAUCCAGCAUCCACCAAGUAAUCGUGCGUCGACAGAGACAUACAGCACCCCAGCUCUGUUAGCCCCAUCUGAGUCUAAUGCUACCAGCACUGCCAACUUUCCCAACAUUCCUGUGGCUUCCACAAGUCAGCCUGCCAGUAUACUGGGGGGCAGCCAUAGUGAAGGACUGUUGCAGAUAGCAUCAGGGCCUCAGCCAGGACAGCAGCAGAACGGAUUUACUGGUCAGCCAGCUACUUACCAUCAUAACAGCACUACCACCUGGACUGGAAGUAGGACUGCACCAUACACACCUAAUUUGCCUCACCACCAAAACGGCCAUCUUCAGCACCACCCGCCUAUGCCGCCCCAUCCCGGACAUUACUGGCCUGUUCACAAUGAGCUUGCAUUCCAGCCUCCCAUUUCCAAUCAUCCUGCUCCUGAGUAUUGGUGUUCCAUUGCUUACUUUGAAAUGGAUGUUCAGGUAGGAGAGACAUUUAAGGUUCCUUCAAGCUGCCCUAUUGUUACUGUUGAUGGAUACGUGGACCCUUCUGGAGGAGAUCGCUUUUGUUUGGGUCAACUCUCCAAUGUCCACAGGACGGAAGCCAUUGAGAGAGCAAGGUUGCACAUAGGCAAAGGUGUGCAGUUGGAAUGUAAAGGUGAAGGUGAUGUUUGGGUCAGGUGCCUUAGCGACCACGCGGUCUUUGUACAGAGUUACUACUUAGACAGAGAAGCUGGGCGUGCACCUGGAGAUGCUGUUCAUAAGAUCUACCCAAGUGCAUAUAUAAAGGUCUUUGAUUUGCGUCAGUGUCAUCGACAGAUGCAGCAGCAGGCGGCCACUGCACAAGCUGCAGCAGCUGCCCAGGCAGCAGCCGUGGCAGGAAACAUCCCUGGCCCGGGAUCAGUAGGUGGAAUAGCUCCAGCUAUCAGUCUGUCAGCUGCUGCUGGAAUCGGUGUUGAUGACCUUCGUCGCUUAUGCAUACUCAGGAUGAGUUUUGUGAAAGGCUGGGGACCAGAUUACCCAAGACAGAGCAUCAAAGAAACACCUUGCUGGAUUGAAAUUCACUUACACCGGGCCCUCCAGCUCCUAGACGAAGUACUUCACACCAUGCCGAUUGCAGACCCACAACCUUUAGACUGAGUGUCUUUUACCGUUGGGGCCCUUAACCUUAUCAGGAUGGUGGACUACAAAAUACAAUCCUGUUUAUAAUCUGAAGAUAUAUUUCACUUUUGUUCUGCUUUAUCUUUUCAUAAAGGGUUGAAAAUGUGUUUGCUGCCUUGCUCCUAGCAGACAGAAACUGGAUUAAAACAAUUUUUUUUUUUUUUCCUAUUUAGAACUUUUCAGGCAUGGCUCAGAGCUUGAAGAUUAGGAGAAACACAUUCUUAUUAAUUCUUCACCUGUUAUGUAUGAAGGAAUCAUUCCAGUGCUAGAAAAUUUAGCCCUUUAAAAUGUCUUAGAGCCUUUUAUCUGCAGAACAUUGAUAUGUAUAUCAUUCUACAGAAUAAAUCCAGUAUUGCUGAUUUUAAAGGCAGAGAAGUUCUCAAAGUUAAUUCACCUAUGUUAUUUUGUGUACAAGUUGUUAUUGUUGAACAUACUUCAAAAAUAAUGUGCCAUGUGGGUGAGUUAAUUUUACCAAGAGUAACUUUACUCUGUGUUUAAAAAGUAAGUUAAUAAUGUAUUGUAAUCUUUCAUCCAAAAUAUUUUUUGCAAGUUAUAUUAGUGAAGAUGAUUUCAAUUCAGAUUGUCUUGCAACCUCAGUUUUAUUUUUGCUAAGGCAAAAAAGUCAAAUCUGUGUGUAUAUUGAGAAUCCCUUAAAAUUACCAGACAAAAAAAGUCAUUUAAAAUUACAUUUGUUAUUCCUAAUGGAUGACUGUUUAUCAAGAAGUAUACUUUUCCCCUGUGAAACGGUAGUUGUGUUCUUCUGUAUUUCUAGGCACAAGGUUGGUUGCUAAGAAGCCUAUAAGAGGAACUUCUUUUCCUUCAUUCAUAGGGAAAGAUUUUGUAUUUUUUAAAACACUAAAAGCAGCGUCACUCUACCUAAUAUCUCACUGUUCUGCAAACGUGGCAAUGCUUAAACUAAAUAAUGAAUAUUUUGGAAACUGCUAAAUUCUAUGUUAAAUACUGUGCAGAAUAAUGGAAACAUUACAGUUCAUAAUAGGUAGUUUGGAUAUUUUUGUACUUGAUUUGAUGUGACUUUUUUUGGUAUAAUGUUUAAAUCAUGUAUGUUAUGAUAUUGUUUAAAAUUCAGUUUUUGUAUCUUGGGGCAAGACUGCAAACUUUUUUAUAUCUUUUGGUUAUUCUAAGCCCUUUGCCAUCAAUGAUCAUAUCAAUUGGCAGUGACUUUGUAUAGAGAAUUUAAGUAGAAAAGUUGCAGAUGUAUUGACUGUACCACAGACACAAUAUGUAUGCUUUUUACCUAGCUGGUAGCAUAAAUAAAACUGAAUCUCAACAUACAAAGUUGAAUUCUAGGUUUGAUUUUUAAGAUUUUUUUUCUUUUGCACUUUUGAGUCCAAUCUCAGUGGUGAGGUACCUUCUACUAAAUGACAGGCAACAGCCAGUUUUAUUGGGCAGCUUUGUUUUUUUCCCUCACGCUCUACCAGGACUUCCCCGUGGACAUUGUGUAUCAUGUGUAGAGUUGGUUAUUUUUGGAAUUUUUAUUUUACUAUAGCAGAAAUAGGCCUGAUUGUCUACAAGAUGAUAAAUAGAUUGUCUACAGGAUAAAUAGUGUGAAAUAAAAUCAAGGAUUAUCUUUCAGAUGCUUCUACUUUUGCCUGGAGGACUUUUAGCUAUAGAAACACUUGUGUGAUGAUAGUCCUCCUUAUAUCGUCUGGAAUGAACACAGCUUCUACUGCCUUGCUCAGAAGGUCUUUUAAAUAGACCAUCCUGGAAACCACUGAGUUUGCUUAUUUCUGUGAUUUAAACAUAGAUCUUGAUCCAAGUUACAUGACCUUUGUUUUUAAAUAACUUAUCUACCAACUCAUUUGUACUCUUGAGUACUUACAAAUUCUUUCAGUAAAAGCCUAAUUGUCUUCUGUAAAAGUUUGGUGAUUUAAAUUUUAUUGGCAGUUUUAUAAAAAGACAUCUUCUCUAGAAAUUGCUAACUUUAGGUCCAUUUUACUGUGAAUGAGGAAUAGGAGUGAGUUUUAGAAUAACAGAUUUUUAAAAAUCCAGAUGAUUUGAUUAAAACUUUAAUCAUACAUUGAUAUAAUUCAUUGCAUCUUUUUUUUUUUUUUUUUUGAGAUGGAGUCUUGCUGUGUUGCCCGGGCGGGAGUGCAGUGGUAUGAUUUCAGCUCACUGCAACUUCCACUUCCCAGGUUCAACUGAUUCUCCUGCCACAGCCUCCCUGGUAGCUGGGAUUACAGGUGCCCACCACUAUGCCUGGCUAAUUUUUGUAGUUUUAGUAGAGACGGGGUUUUGCCAUGUUGGCCAGGCUGGUCUCAAGCUCCUGACCUCAAGUGAUCUGCCCACCUCGGCCUCCCAAAGUGCUGGGAUUACAUGCGUGAGCCACCGCCGUACCUGUGGUGGUGGUGGCCUCAUUGCUCCCUUUUCUACUUUAAGGAAAGUUUUCAUGUUUAAUCAUCUGGGGAAAGUAUGUGGAAAAUAUUUGUUAAGAAGUAUCUCUUUGGAGCCAAGCCACCUGUCUUGGUUUCUUUCUACUAAGAGCCAUAAAGUAUGGAAAUACUUCUAGUUGUUAAGUGCUUAUAUUUGUACUAGAUUUACUCACAUGCUUUUGAGAAAACAUCUAGUAUGUUAUGAUCAGCUAUUCUUGAGAGCUUGGUGGUUAAUCUAUAUUUCUAUUUCUUAGUGGUAGUCAUCUUUGAUGAAUAAGACUAAAGAUUCUCACAGGUUUAAAAUUUUAUGUCUACUUUAAGGGUAAAAUUAUGAGGAUAUGGUUCUGGGUGGGUUUUCUCUAGCUAAUUCAUAUCUCAAAGACUCAAAAUGUUCAAUUUCAGUGCAAGCUGAAUGAGAGAUGAGCCAUGUUCACCCACCGUAAGACCUCGUUCCACGUUUGUCCAGUGCCUUUCAGUUCAUUAUCAAAGGAAAUCCUUCAUGGUGUCGCCUUUGUUUUCCGGGGAGUAGAUCCUUUUGUGGGAUAUGGUCUGUCUCAUUUUUAAUAGUUUACUGCCCCUGGUAUGCAAAGAUAAUGACAAUAAAUCACUGCCAUAUAACCUUGUUUUUUCCAGAAACAUGGCUCAUUUGUAUUGCUGUAACCACUAACUAGGUUGCCUAUCCCAUUCCUCCUGUGAACAGUGCAGAUUUACAGGUUGCAUGGUCUGGCUUAAGGAGAGCCAUACUUGAGACAUCCAAGUAAAUGGAACUCAUAUUAGCUGUGCUGCGUUUCAGACUUAAAAUCCAUUUUUGUGGGGCAGGGUGUGGUGUGUAAAGGGGGGUGUUUGUAAUACAAGUUUUGAAGGCAAAAUAAAAUGUCCUGUCUCCCAGAUGAUAUAUAUCUUAUUAUUUUUAGUUUAUUGCUAAUUUUAGGAAGGUGUGUUGCAGGUAUCUUUGACUGUGGUCAUCUGGGGAAGGAAAAUUUUACAUUUUACUAUAAUGCUCCUUAAGUGUCUAUGGAGGUUAAAGAAUAAAGUGGUAAAGAAAUGUUUCUGUGCCUGGUUUGAUGGUAACUGGUUAAUAGUUACUAUUUUAUGCAGAGUCAUAUUAGUUCACACCCUUUCUGAGAGCCUUUUGGGAGAAGCAGUUUUAUUCUCUGAGUGGAACAGAAUUCUUUUUGUUGACAAUUUCUAGUUUGCUCCCUUCAUUAUUGCCAAUUUUAUUGGCGUUUUAUUUAAUGAUAGCAUAUUGGGAAAAUGGUAAAUUUAGGUUACUGAGGUAAAUAAGUGUAUGAAAGCAAUUACCUCUAAAGCCAGUUAACAAUUAUUUUGUAGGUGGUGUACACUCAGCUUAAACAAAUGCUUUUUUUUUUUUUCCUUAAAGGCAGAAUUCAUCUUGUUGCAGAUAGCUAUCUAAAUAAUCUUAUAUCCUCUUUUGCAAAGACUAUAGAGAAUAGGCUAUGAGAAUCUUGUGCAAGCCUUUCCAUUUUUUUUUUUCUGUGAUAACUAAGUAAUUUCUUUGAAUAUACCAAGAAGUAUGUAAAAAGUCCAUGGCCUCAUUCAUCUGCAAAGUGGCAUCCUAGGCCCAGCCUUAUCCCUAGCAGUUGUCCCAGUGCUGCUAGGUUGCUUAUCUUGUUUAUCUGGAAUCACUGUGGAAUGAAAUUUUCCACAUAAUCCAGAAUUGCCUUAUUUAAGCAGUAAAAUGUUUUAAUUUUAGCCUUUUUUUGGCGGAGUUAUUUAAUAUGCAUAUCAGAGGAUAUACUACAUGUAACAUUUCUUUUUGUGCUUGGCUAUCUUCGUGGACUUCAGGGGCUUCUAAAACAGGCAGGACUGUGUUGCCUUUACUAAAUGGUCUCAGACAGCUAUGCUUUUAAUUUUUAGUUUUUUUUUUAACCCACUUCUCCCCUCCUGGUCUCUUCCUUCUCUGAUAGCUACCAUUCAUAUGUGGGUGUUAGUGUGUCUCCUUUUCUCUUUCUGAUUCUUCAUUUCUGACUGCUUAGGCAGGAAACCAGAUAACCAAACUUAGUAGAACUUUCUUUAAAACACAAGUACAAACUCUGGGACAGGACCCAAGACAUUUCUGAAGUGCUGAAAAGGACCUCAUUGCAUUGGCAUUUGAUACCAGUUUGAUGUAGCUUAGAGUGCUUCCUGAUUCUUGCUGAGUUUCAGGUAGUUGAGAUAGAGAGAAGUGAGUCAUAUUCAUAUUUUCCCCCUUAGAAUCAUAUUUUGAAAGGUUUCAUUGCUUCCACUUGAAUGCUGCUCUUCCAAAAACUGGGGUUACAAGGGUUACUAAAUUAGCAUCAGUAGCCAGAGGCAAUACCAUUGCCUGGAGGACACCAGCAAACAACACACAACAAAACAAAACAAACCUUGGGAAACUAAGGCCAUUUGUUUUGUUUUGGUGUCCCCUUUUAAGCCCUGCCUUCUGGCCUUACUCCUGUACAGAUAUUUUUGACCUAUAGGUGCCUUUUUGAGAAUUGAGGGUCUGACAUCCUGCCCCAAGGAGUAGCUAAAGUAAUUGUUAGUGUUUUCAGGGAUUUUUAACAUCAGACUUGAAUGAAUGAAUGAAACUUCUUUUCCUUUUUUUUUUUUUUUUUUUUUUUUUUUAAUGUAAUAAGGACUAAGGAAAACCUUUGGUGAAGACAAUCAUUUCUCUUUGUUGAUGUGGAUACUUUUUACACUGUUUGUUUAAAUGCUUUCUCAAUAGGUCCAGAGCCAGUGUUCUUGUUCAACCUGAAAAUAAUGGCUCUGGGUUGGGCCAGACAGUUACACUCUCUAGUUUGCCCUCUGCCACGAAUUUGAUGUGUGACCUUUGGGCAAGUCAUUUAUCUUCUCUGGGCCUUAGCUGCCUCAUCUGUAAAAUGAGGGAGUUGGAGUAGAUUGAUUAUUCCAGCUCUGAAAUUCUAAGUGACCUUGGCUACCUUGUAGCAGUUUUGGAUUUCUUCCUUAUCUUUGUUCUGCUAUUUGAGGGGGCUUUUUACUUAUUUCCAUGUUAUUCAAAGGAGACUGGGCUUGAUAUUUUAUUACUGUUCUUCUAUGGACAAAAAGUUACAUAGUAUGCCCUUAAGACUUAAUUUUAACCAAAGGCCUAGCACCACCUUAGCAGCUGCAAUAAACACUUUACAAACACACACACACACCCCUGAGAGGGAAAAGCUUUCAUUUUUCUGUCAUCUCUGGUCAGAGUUUAUUAAGGCUUUCUUUGAGUCAUGACAUUCUAGCUUUCGAGUUGGUGUGUGUGACACCACCCUCCUAAGUGAUGGGUGCUGGUAAUUUUUUUUUUUUUUUUCAGUGAAAAUGGAUUUAAAACCUCUUGUUAAUGCCUAGUGAUAUUAUGCUCAAAACAAGGAAAUUCCCCUGAACCACGUCAAUUAAACUGGUUUAUAUGACUCAAGAAAACAAUACCAGUAGAUGAUUAUUAACUUUAUUCUUGGCUUUUUUUAGGUCCAUUUUGAUUAAGUGACUUUUGGCUGGAUCAUUCAGAGCUCUCUUCUAGUCUACCUUGGAUGAGUACAAUUAAUGAACGUGGUAUUUUCAAGGACCUGGGAGCCUUCCUUGGGGCUAGGUUGAGGGUGGGGGGUUGGGGAGUCCUGGUAGAGGCCAGCUUUGUGGUAGCUGGAGAGGAAGCGAUGAAACCAGCUGCUGUUGCAAAGGCUGCUUGUCAUUGAUAGAAGGACUCAUGGGCUUGGAUUGAUUAAGACUAUACAUGGAGUUGGCAAACUUUCUUCAAGUAUUGAGUUCUGUUCAAUGCAUUGGACAUGUGAUUUAAGGGAAAAGUGUGAAUGCUUAUAGAUGAUGAAAACCUGGUGGGCUGCAGAGCCCAGUUUAGAAGAAGUGAGUUGGGGGUUGGAGACAGAUUUGGUGGUGGUAUUUCCCAACUGUUUCCUCCCCUAAAUUCAGAGGAAUGCAGCUAUGCCAGAAGCCAGAGAAGAGCCACUCUUAGCUUCUGCUUUUGGGACAACUGGUCAGUUGAAAGUCCCAGGAGUUCGUUUGUGGCUUUCUGUAUACUUUUGCCUGGUUAAAGUCUGUGGCUAAAAAAUAGUUGAACCUUUCUUGAGAACUCUGUAACAAAGUAUGUUUUUGAUUAAAAGAGAAAGCCAACUAAA